AGCUUUUAGUUGGCAGCUCAGUGAAGAACUGAGACAGAGCAAGAAAGAGAAAGAGCACCAGCAAACAACAAUGGCAUCUUUAGGACUGCAGAUUUUGGGCGUCGGGCUGGCAGUGCUUGGAUGGAUUGGAAACAUACUGAUCUGUAUGCUGCCACUGUGGAAGGUGUCUGCUUUCAUUGGGAACAACAUCGUGGUGGCUCAGACCAUCUGGGAAGGACUGUGGAUGACCUGUGUGGUGCAGAGCACAGGUCAGAUGCAGUGCAAGGUCUACGACUCCCUGCUGGCCCUGCCUCCGGACCUCCAGGCAGCUCGGGCUAUGGUGGUCAUCGCCAUCCUGUUCUCUCUGUUCGGCCUGCUGCUCUCUGUGGUAGGAGGGAAAUGCACCACCUGCAUUGGGGAUAAGGUGGCAAAAGCCAGAGUGGCUAUCUCCGCAGGUGUUUUCUUCAUCCUGAGUGGGGCUCUGUGUCUGGUGACCGUGUCUCUGCCUGCUAACACUAUCAUAAAGGACUUCUACAACCCCAUGGUUCCUGACGCCCAGAGGAGGGAGCUGGGUGCGGGACGUCUGUCUGGUUGCACGAUGGUGUCUUUUGGACUUGAACUGGUCGGCGUCAUUCUGUCAGUGCUCGGCUGGGUGCUGAGUGUAAUCAGCUGCUCCUUGCCGAUGUGGAGGGUUUCCGCCUUCAUUGGCGCCAAUAUUGUCACAGCUCAGGUGUACUGGGAGGGCCUGUGGAUGAGCUGCGUGUUCCAGAGCACAGGGCAGAUGCAGUGUAAGGUCUACGACUCCAUGCUGGCUUUACCUCCAGACCUGCAGGCCGCCAGGGCGCUCACCAUCGUCUCCAUCGUCGUGGGAGUAGUGGCUCUCCUCAUCGCUAUGGUGGGAGCAAAGUGUACCAAUUGCAUCGAGGAUGACGGGGUUAAAGCCAGGGUGAUGGCCUCCUCGGGCGGGGCGUUCAUCACAGCAGCUCUGGCCCAGCUGGUGCCCGUUUCCUGGUCAGCACACACCAUCAUAGUUGAGUUUUACAGUCCAAUCAUCCCCUCUGGUCAGAAGAUGGAGAUCGGGGCGGCGCUGUAUCUGGGUUGGGCCGCAGCAGCCCUGCUGCUGAUUGGAGGGUCCAUUCUCUGCUGCAGUUGCCCUCCACAGGAGGAGAAAUCAAUGAGGUACAGCGCGCACCCUCAGAGUCGUAUAGCAUACUCCGCCGCACCAAGGUCAACUGCUCAAAGCUCCUACAACAGGAAGGACUACGUGUGA